AUGUCCAUAUUUGAUUUCUAUCAUCCAGAGGAAUUUGAACAGCUUUAUAAUAUUUAUAGACAAGUAAUAAGCUCAAAGGGCACAACCAUCAGUAGUCCAAAGAUUAGAUUUCGGACCCACAAUGGGGACUGGAGUUAUGUAAAGACAGAAUGGUCCAGUUUUAUUAAUCCAUGGUCCAAAAGAUUGGAAUUUAUCAUCGGCCAGCAUACUGUCAUUAAGGGACCACAAAACAUAGAUGUUUUUUCACCACCACCACCACGUCAGGAUUGUAUUGCUGAGGAACCAGAGCGGUAUCACAAAAAUCUCCGAUUGAUCAGAACAUUGCUAUUACAGCCAGUAGUAGAUGAAGCUAGAUCUAUGGUCCUAAACAUUGUAGAAGAACCGACUGAAGAAGUUUCUGUUAGUCCAGCUCUUGAUUGUGGCAAGAAGGAGACUUCAAUCAAAACACAAGAAGCUAAAAAGAAAUUUCAGGUAAUUUUGUAA